AUGCUCGGUGCUGCUUUCCGCCCACGCUGCCCCACAAACGACUGCUCGGGACACCUCAUCCGUGACGGACCAGUUAAACGGCCUCGACGCGUUGUCGAUGUCGAUCGAUGCUUCUGGCUGGUCGGGCACUCAUAUGCCUGCAGCCAGGGAACGUGCCGGAAAAAGUUUCGCUCAUGGGACCAACGUGUUCUGGCGCGUAUCCCGCAACCGCUGGCUGCCGAAUUCCCUGCCCAUCUUACGUGGCGUAGCGGGCUUUCCAAACGCGCAUUUGGCGUUCUACGGUCAUGCAUCCAGCACGGGAUGGGCUCUUCGGAGGCUGCAGAUCUGUUCCGCAUGCAGCAUCUCCGACGUUACGACGAGAUGCGUUUGCAGUACCUGCAAAAGAAGUUUGCGCAGAUGGAGCUCUUCAUGGGCGAGAGCGGGCAGUCGGAGGAUUAUGAGGUGUACCCCGCAUUUGAGGACCACUGCACUGGAGGGUUUACACCGAGUGGUCAGUGGUUGCGCGAUGUCUAUGACGACUUUAUCGAGUCGCACCGGAAUGAGCUUAACCAACAUACGGCGAUGGGGUCAGGAAGAGUCUGCGCAAUCGACCACAGUCACAAGCUCGCUAAACACGUCUUCAAAGUUGAUGGUGUCCCCAUCUUCACCGCCCUGCUCACCGUCACCAACGAGAAGGGCGAGAUUGUCGUUUGCGUAUUUGUUGCAACCAAGUCGCAUUCCCAGUUCGACGAUGCGCUACAGCGCCUCGCCCACGACCUCGAGUUCUAUGGGCAUUGCCUACCCGAGGUCUUCUACACCGACAACAUGGUUGACAAGGCCAUGCUCGAGAGGAUAUUCCUGUCCCUUCUCGAGGCGGUCAUCCCUGUUGAGAAGUACUCCCAUCUCCCACUUUUUGACACUCCCUCGUUUGUUUGCAACCCCAUUGUGCUCGACUCCGAGACGUCAAUCAAUAACACCAUACAAGCCAUUCUCGAGGAUGUUCCUGACCACGGGGAAAUCGUUGUUGGGUUCAACUCCGAAUGGAACGUCGACAUGACACAGUACGGGCGGUUUAAUGGUAACAGCCCUCCGGCUGUUAUUCAAAUCGCGUAUCGAGAGGCUGUAUACAUUCUACAGGUUGGCGAGAUGCUCAGCCGUGCAAGCCUUCCCAACCAGCUUGUCAACUUCCUCUGUCAUGCGCAGGUCAUCAAAGCUGGCCGCCAGGUUAACGGUGACCUUGGUCGUCUUGCAACUGCCUGCAAUCGCCCUCCAUCUGAUUUCCAAGGUGGUCUCGACCUCGCUGCCUUUGCCAAGGCCCGAUUCUUGGUGAAGAAGGCAACACUAUCUUUGGCGGACCUUGUUGCUUCGCUUUUGCACCAGUGCUUGCCCAAGCCAGCGUCAGAGCGAAUCAGUAGCAACUGGUCGGACAAUGAGCUUUCGCAAGCUCAACUCGAGUACGCGGCACGUGAUGCGUAUGCCUCGCUUCGGCUCUAUAACAAAAUCAACGAAACACCACUCCCAACACCAUCCACCUCUGCGGAAUCGCCUGCCCCGGGGAUGCCGGUUAUCCUCCUCACCGACGAUAACAAGAUCCCCGCUGCUCGGGGGACCGUGCUUACCAUCACCGAUGUUCUUGUGCCUGCUGCCAUUAUCGGGAUCAACAAGGACGACAACAAGCAGCCUCGCUCGCUCGCUUCGUUUGGUACAGCACCAUUCGACGUCAUUGCCCAUCAUGCACACGUUCGCCUUGUUCCAACCCCAGCUACUACAUCCUCCUCAACUUCCUCACUUUCCUCAUCCGGACCACUUCCUGCAUCCGAAACUCCACCUACCGAGCCCUCUGAGGAUCUCAUUUCCGCAUUCGAGAGCCUCGAUGAGCCAGAUCCUGUUGACGCACCUCCAGCGACGGCAGAAUCAGCAACUCCCGACCCAGCAAGCGCCACAGCUGGAGUGGCAGCAUUGGGAGAACAAGCUUGCGAUUAUCUCCGUUACCUGCAUACAGUGCGUAGUCAUGUUCUCAAGGAUAUCUUCCAUGUCUUUCAUAUGCUCUACCUUUCUCAUACCCAUGGACUUCGUCUUGCCUUCAUUCGUGCUUUUCGAGAUACUUGCCUUAUUCCCCAUCCUGCCGAUAAGGCUCGGAUUGAAGCGUAUCUCAAAACCAAGGAUCUUACUUGGGAGGAUAUGCUUCGAUUCCGACCUAAAUGGCUUUGGCAUCGUUGUCGACGGACUGUCCCUCCUCCCGAGCUUCUUUAUCCCCUUGUACGCGAACUCUUCCUACUAUACGGACCUCUCAAGGAUGCCAAAACUGGACUUCCUCUCUUCAAUGCUGCUGCAUGGAAGAUUGCGAAGAACAUCCUUGAACUUAUACGAUACGGAUACGUCUCUGACAUCCCUGGUGUUAUCCUCUACUACUGCAUUGGCUUCGAUAAGGAGGCUGGCGGCUUACCACUCUAUCGGUGCAUUCGCGGCACCAAUAUGGUUGAGGGUGGUGUCCACACUCACCUACUCAAGAAGCUUCCAUCCCGGGGUGCUUCGGUUCGCCAUAUGGUAGCUUGUCUGCUCGAUUUUGUCCUCCGCCAUAACCUCACGGUUGGUCACUUCAACUCGACGGGCAAGAAAUACGCCGGGCACGACUCAAUAUGGCUUACAAACCAGAUCCAGCAACUUGAGAUUACUCUUGGCGAGUACUACGGUAAAGCACCACUCGAGCUCUCCUGGGUCAACGGAAAUCUCUUUGAGCAAUCCGAGCAGUCGGUUGGCAUCGUCAAGAUUCCCCAGUCGAUCUGCACGUCGCUCGAGAUCCAGUCGUACAACACCGCGACCGACAGCAAACAGAAACAAGCAUAUUUGGCCAAAAUGCAGGGCACUCGGAUCCCAGUGCUUCCAGUUCACACCGUUGCCGAGAAGAAGCUGUUUGCUUCACUCAUGCGGACCUCGGAGAAGUUUUCGUCGUGCAAGAACAGCAUCACCGCUGCUGCCACCGUCAUCUGGAAUCGGAGCGCAAACCCAACAGAGAUGAUCUUCUACAAGCUCGAGGAGCAGCUCACGUCCUACUUCAACGGUGCAUACAAAGACGGCGCCAACAUUCGCUUGUCGUGUUCUCGCAUACGUGACGAGACAAGCGCAUUCGAGAAAACAAUCCGCGAGCCUUCUCGCUCCAACCAUAUCGUCAACGCGCCAAGUUCGGAGCUUGUCCUGCAUCGUGUUACUGCGGGCUUCGCAAACGCACCGUCUCCAGAGCCCACCGCAAGCUCAUCCACACCACCAUUGGCAUACACCACUUCCUUCUCAGCCGUUAACCAGCUCUCCCUUCCCACCGCCCAGUCAACCAUUGCUAACAGUCGCAAACGUGCGCUCGACGACGACGCGGCAGCCAGUCUACCAGCCCCGAAACGAGUCCAACCAACGAAAGUCCGCCAUUGCCCGCGUUGUACGAUGGUGUCAUGCGCAGGACGCAAUGGCUGGUACAAAUGUACCAACUCGUGCGCCGAUUGUGGAAAACGCAAAGUUGUUGAUUGUGCAGGGCGGAGUUCACGAGCUAAGGACAAGAUCCGUUGCGUGGAGGCAUCGAAGCUGCCUCCGGACCAGCUCACGGAUGAAGCCUGCUCGCAUCUGGGCAUUACGAGGCAUAAUCUGCCGACAGCGCAAAGCCGGCUCGCAUUUUAA